AUGAAGGAUUUCUACAGUCACAGUAACUGGGUGGAAAUAGGCAACAGAUUUCCAAACAGCAAUUUGAUCAGAGCGAACGCCCGUGUUGGAAACAUAGCAGCUAAAGCUAAAGCGACCUGCCGCACCUGCAAUGGAGAUGACUGCAGGAACAACAUUUUGAAGGACAUUCUUGAGAACAAGAUACUUACUUCAGGAUAUUUCAGUGUGAAUCCUUUUUCCAAACCCUCAGGGAAAUGUAGCCAUGGAGGUUUCCCUGAUAGUACGAGUAUGAUGGAACCCAAAGGUGGAAUCAACAAAGACACCCUGAAGUCCAGCCAUGGACACCUCCACCCACAAGCAGCCAAUAUGGCAAUAGCAGCAACCAGUCAGCUGCUAGAGGAUGUUCGAGGUGCAGCUGGGGAUAGAAAAUUCCUUGAGAUGAUGGGACUCUUCAAAGGCAAACCCCUUUGUUUUGUGGUUGACACAACAGGAAGCAUGGGGGAUGACAUUGCUGCAGUGAAGACUGUUACAGCCUCUAUAAUAGACAGCAAACUGGGAACACAGGAUGAGCCAUCUGUCUAUGUUCUGGUUCCUUUCAGUGAUCCAGGUUUUGGGCCACUGGUACGGACAACAGACCCAGAAGUCUUUAAGACUUACAUCAACUCACUAAGAGCAAGUGGAGGUGGAGAUCCUCCAGAAUUAAGUCUCUCUGGACUUCAGCUAGCUCUAACUGGUGCGCCUCCUAAUUCUGAGAUAUUUGUUUUUACGGAUGCUCCGGCCAAAGACAGACACCUGAGAAACCCAUUGAUUGCACUCAUAGAGCACACAAAGUCUGUGGUGAACUUUAUGAAAACUAAUGUAUAUGGGGUCCGUCAUCAAAGUCACGCAGACGGCAACCAACAACAAAACCAUCAGAUGGUCAAAUAUGAUGGCCAGCUGUACAGAGACUUGGCUCAAACUUCAGGAGGUCAGGCUGUUGAAGUCUCUAAGAGUCAGCUGCUUGAAGCCAUCGACAUUCUUACUGAAUCCACCAGCUCCUCUCUGGUAACUAUUCUGCAAGCAGUCAGAAACCCUGGAAAAGCUGGAAUUUGGACCUUUCCAGCUGAUCAGUCUGUGAGAAACUUGACAAUUUAUAUUACUGGAAGGAAUGUUGAUUUUAUGGUCAUUGAUCCUUCAGGUGUGGUUCACAAUAAUAAGAGAACAGGAUCUUCAAUCAUUUCAUCCCAGAUGGUUGGAAACCUCCAAACUGUGAAGCUACUGACACUUGUGGGAGUGUGGAAAUUAAAAAUAGAGUCAAAAAAUCCCUACAGUCUGAAGGUUGUAGGAGAGAGCUCCAUUGACUUCCUCUUUGACUUCAUUAAGGAGUCAGAUGGCCCAUUUGGAGGGUUUGAUGUAAUUGACAAUCGACCCACAGCUGGUAGCAAUGCCAGUCUGUUGGUGACACUGAUUGGGAGCGACGUCGCCACAGUUACAGAGGUCACUUUGGUUGAAUCGUCCGGUUCAGGCCAGGUUAACGGCACCAUGGAGGCCCUGGGUGGAGGGGAAUAUUUUGUUCGCUUUGACAGGAUCCCAUCAGUUGAACAAGCAGAAAACAACCAACAACAAAAUGUUAGGAUGGCGAGAGCAGAUGGUCAGCUUUAUAGAGACCUGGCUCAGGCUUCAGGAGGUCAGGCUGUGGAGGUCACAAAAAGCCAGCUGCUCGAGGCCAUCAGCGUCCUGACCGAAUCAACCAGCUCCGCUCAAGUUGUCCUUCUGCAAGCAGCCAGGAACCUUGGGAAGGCUGAAAAUUACACUUUUACAGUUGAUGAGUCAGUACGAAACGCGACCAUUUACAUCACCGGGGCUACUGUUGGUUUUACUCUCAUCAGUCCGUCAGGUGUGAUUCAAAGUAGUGCCAACACUACAGGAUCUUCAACAUUUUCAUACCAGUCUGUUGGAAACCUGCAGACGCUGCAGUUAAAAACAGAGCCUGGAGUGUGGGAAAUCAGAAUAGAGUCAACAAUUGCCUACAGUCUGAAGGUUGUAGGCGAGAGCUCCAUUGACUUCAUCUUUGACUUUAUUGAAGAGUCAAACGGUGUAUUUGGAGGGUUUAAACUGAUCGAGAAUCGGCCCACAGCUGGUAGCAAUGCCAGUCUGCUGGUGACACUGAUUGGGAGCGAAGUCGCUACAGUGACAGAGGUCAUACUGGUUGAAUCGUCCGGUUCAGGUCAGGUUAACGGCACUGUGGAGCCCCAGGGUGGAGGGGAAUAUUUUGUUCGCUUUGACAGGAUCCCAUCAGUUGAGUUUGUUGUACUUGUAAAGGGGCAAAACAACAACGGUAUCUCCAGAGCGUCUUCAGGGAUCUUCCAAAGGCAGUCCACCACCAGCCUGAGAGCCUCUGUUCUCACGGUUUCUGUUGAUCAGUUAGAUACGGUCUUUGAGCCAGGAACAUCAAAAUCAGUUCCUUUCUCUGUGACGACAACUGGUGGCGGUGGAAGCUUCACCAUCCAAGCUACCAAUGACAAAGGCUUUACAUCAUCAUUCUCAUCCAGUUUGUCACUGGAUGCUGGAGGUAGUGCUAAUGCUACAGUAAACAUCACAGCUCCUGCCAACACCCCAUCCGGUACUGUCAUCACUCUGACCAUUGAGGCUGUGGCUCCAGAAGGUGCAGACACCAACUAUGCUGUGCUGCGUCUGAGCGUCCUUACAACAGUGACUGAUUUCACUCAGCCAGUGUGUGAGCUACUCAGCCUGCAGUCCAACUGCUCUGACAACUGCAGCCAGUCCACAUGGGAGCUCUCUGUUCAGGUCACAGACGAAGUUAACGGGACGGGUUUGGACAGCGUCCGUCUCAGAGAAGGCAACGGCACUUUGAACAUCAGCACGGCAGCUGACAAUGAGAAUGCAACUCUAGUGUCUUAUGUAGCUUCCUGCUGCUCCCCUGAUGUGGAGCUGGUGGCUGUGGAUCAAGUAGGCAAUGCGGAAAUCUGUAGAUACUCUGUUCGCAGAAACGUCAGUCCAGCUGCAACAGCUGCAACUCAGGAUGCUACAACCAGCAGCCCUGUGACACCAGCUGUUACAUCUUUCUCUACAAGAGUUGAUCUCUCAAUUUUUCUCUGCUUUUGCUUCACAGUUCUGAGCUUUUUGGCACAGCCUCUGAGCCUGUGAUAAUCUGAAUGGCUAAAAUUUACAAAAGGGUUUUCUGGUGAAGGAAAUCAAUACUAUAUGCCCCCUGGUGGUAGGUUACAUACUCUAACCCUAAUACAAGACAAUAGAACAUAUUUGGAAGCUGAAUAAAAUGUAAGCACUGCGUUCGAACAUUAUGGAUAGCUUUAAGGAAGGUUUGCUGUUGGUGAAGGUUAAACUCUGUUAACUGAGUUUUAGUGACAACUUAAUAUCUUUGAAAUUAUUUUUUUCUAAAGCUGAACAUAAAUCUUUGAGGUAUUCUUUAAUUUCUCCUAUGUAAUCAGGUGUUUUGAAGGGGUGUAAGACCUACCAGGUUUUUACUAAAGAUUUGUUUAGUAAAAAACACACACACACACACACACAAACAACUCAAAAAGCUUCUGCAUUAAGCCAGAUCUAAAUGUAGAAAUGCACCAAGACACACAAAAGUGAUCCCCUGAUGUUCUUAGAGUUGAAGAGUUGGUUUAGAUGUGGGUCUGUGGAUUUUCUAAU